AUGGAGCCCAAAGAAGCGAAUGAGUCCGUUGACCCACUUCACUCAGGGCGCCUCUAUCCUGCUUGUCUGAAUUCGACUCUCUCGAGGGUCAAUUCCGAACUCCCGGAGAUGAUCCAAAUGCAGGAACCAUUACUUGAUAUUGUAGACCUAUUCUAUCCCUGGGUACCACAAAAUGGAAAGAAGAAAAACCUCAUACAGCUAGACAACGCAGAAAUUCACUCCAGUGAUUUGAUAGACUCGUACAAGCAUUGCACAGAGCACACUGCAAUCCCACCAGCCCGAGGAAAGCCCGCCGCCACUGGAUCGAUGGAGCCAGAAGCCCCUGCCCCAGUGUCUGGGUCUUCUUGUGUGCAGUACGAGAAUCGAUCGAAUGCAGGCCAACGAGUCAAGUUUGGGAUUGUGUAUUACGCUUCAGAUUCGUCCUUCGAGGCCCGCUACAGAGUUCGGCGCUGCGCUAGGGAAUCCGCCAUCCCCAGUCGGGCUCAUGGGUCCGGUGCAAAGGCUCAAUUAUCUUCGUCGCCACGUGUAUUCCUGGCUGCCGCACGAUCGCUACACUACGAUCCCGUGUCUUAG